CUUCCCUCCGUUUGCUCCAGAGCAGCUCUCGUUUGGCCAGAAGAAAACUGUAGCGGAUCUCAAUGGAUUUACUAUAUGAGAUCACACACCUAUCGGGAUAGCAUCCACAUUUACUACGGGUUCAUAAUGUUUCUGAAAGAACGACUACACUACAGAUAGAGGGUGAGUGAAGACCCUUUUGAGGGAUGACCGACCUGGAGGCAUCGACAGUGGGGGAACCCCCUCCCCCGUAUAUGAUCUUCCUCCUGGUUUUCUUCUUCUUCAUCACUGGCCUCCUGGGCUUCCUGGUCUGCCACCUGCUGAAGAAGAAGGGCUACCGUUGCAGGACUGGGGAGGAGGAGGACGAUGAGGAGUGUGAGCAGAAACUGGGACCAGACAAGAAUGAUGAUGAAGAAGAGGAAAAUCAAGACACCGUUGAACAAAUCCUGAAGUGCAUCAUUGAAAAUGAAGCUAACAUGGAAGCCUUCAAGGAUAUGCUAGGAAAACAGGAUAUAUGUCAACAUCAUGAUCCUAGAUUACUGCGCAAAGAGAGCCUGGGGGGUAUUCCACCUCAUCACCACACAGUGCACUCUGGCGCCCAGCUCGACCAUAAGUCCUGCACACUCUGUGUGCAAGGGCGGUCCAAGAAGGCCCGCCGCCUGAGCCGUGUGCCUCGGACCAAUAAGCCCAGAACGCCAGGAGAGAGGAGAGAGUCCACAGUGUUCGCUGUGGGAAGGUUCCGAGUCACCCACAUGGACAAGAAGGAUCAGGGGUCUGGCGACCAGUUGGACCAAUCGGAGGCCCUGGAUAGUGAGAAGGGGGAUGAGGAGGACCCCCAGAGGAAGGAGGGGUACAACCUGCAGAGCAUGUUCAAAGAUGUCAAAACAGAGACCACAAAUGGUGUGGUGGCCACCGCGGCCAAGCGGAAGAAGAGUCUAGUUCUGUUCUCGCUGCGCAGAGGCAGUGAUCCAGUGGGGGUCAAAGUGUCACUGAGCCAGCCCGUGGUGGAAGAGGAACCCCUCUUCAAUGAUCCGUUGAAGACUGCUCCAGUGCAGACCUCCAGCCCUGUGAAGGCCCUGUCGUCCCAGCCCAGCAUGGGCUCUGCUGCACCUGACGACACUGAGAUGGCCCCUGUUAAGAUGUCCCCCACUAGGGUCACUUUUAUAGUGUCCCCCACAGAGGCUCCCGAACCGAUCUCUCCCAACACGAGUCCAGCAGGAGUUUCCCCCCUAACGCCCCCGGUACAAGAAUCCCCCAUCACCACCCCAGUACAAGUCACCCCCGUGACCCCUGAAAUAUUCCCCCUUACCCCAGGCUCCCCUACUAACCUUGCCCCUAGCCCCUUAAAUGUCUCCCCUGCCACUUCCCCUGUACAAGCCCACCCUACCCCUGUACAAGCCUCCCCUACCCCUGUAAAAGUCUCCCAUACCCCUGUACAAGCCUCCCCUACCCCUGUACAAGCCUCCCCUACCCCUGUACAAGCCUCCCAUACCCCUGUACAAGCCUCCCAUACCCCUAACCCUGUACAAGCCUCCCCUAACCCUGUACAAGCCUCCCCUACCACUGCCCCCUUAAAUCUCUCCCCUGCCCUGUCCUCCAGAAUGGUGUCCCCCUCCCCUAACUCCUUAAAUCUCUCCCCUUCCCUGUCCUCCAGAAAAGUGUCCUCCAAUACUACUCCUUUAAAUUUCUCCCCCACCCCUACCCCCACUCAAGUCUCCCCUGCCCUGUCCUCCAGAAAAGUGUCCUCCAAUACUACUCCUUUAAAUCUCUCCCCCACCCCUACCCCCACGCAAGUCUCCCCUGCCCUGUCCUCCAGAAAAGUGUCCUCCAAUACUACUCCUUUAAAUCUCUCCCCCACCCCUACCCCCACGCAAGUCUCCCCUGCCCUGUCCUCCAGAAAAGUGUCCUCCAAUACUACUCCUUUAAAUCUCUCCCCCACCCCUACCCCCACGCAAGUCUCCCCUGCCCUGUCCUCCAGAAAAGUGUCCUCUAAUACUACUCCUUUAAAUCUCUCCCCCACCCCUACCCCCACGCAAGUCUCCCCUGCCCUGUCCUCCAGAAAAGUGUCCUCCAAUACUACUCCUUUAAAUCUCUCCCCCACCCCUACCCCCAUGCAAGUCUCCCUGCCCUGUCCUCCAGAAAAGUGUCCUCCAAUACUACUCCUUUAA